ACAACCCUCAAAGCUGCUAAUGAAAAGCCAAAACAAAACAUUAUCCUAUCCAGAAUCUAGUUGUCCCAUAAAGUGACACCGUUUUUUUGGAUAGAAAUUCCUCUUCAAUCUCAUGGACAACAUCCAAACUCUCUUCUUCAAGCAAUCCUCAAGAUUCAAAGCUACUUUCAUUCUCAAACCCAAAAGCUGCAGCAUUAUUGAUUUCUUUAUCAUGAUUUUGAUGGUGGGAUGAUUGGGACAUCAGUCCUUCACCAAACCCAUUUUCUGUUACCAUCAGAAAGCCCACAAGUUAAUCUGAGGUUGAAGGAGCAAGAAUGUUUAACCCUCUUGAGGAGAUGCAUGAACAUCGAAGAAUUCAGGCAAGCUCAUGCCCAAAUCCUCAGAUGGGGAUUCUUUUGCAGCUCUUUCUGUGCAAGCAAUCUAUUGGCUACUUGUGCUCUCCCAGACUGGGGCAGUAUGGAUUAUGCAUCUUCAAUUUUUCAACAAAUUGAGGAACCAGGUACUUUUGAAUUCAAUACCAUGAUUAAAGGAUAUGCUAAGGAUUUUAAUAUGGAGAAAUCCCUGUUUGUUUAUUGUGAGAUGCUUGAGAAGGGAGUUCAAUCAGAUAAUUUUACAUUUCCCUCUCUUUUAAAGGCAUGUACCUGGUUGAAUGCAAUAAAGGAAGGUAUGCAAAUUCAUGGGAAUAUUAUUAAGCUUGGAUUUGAAAGUGAUUUGUAUGUUCAGAAUAGCUUGAUUAACAUGUAUGGAAAGUGCGGGGAGAUAAAACUUUCAUGUGCUGUUUUUGAGCAAAUGGGUCAAAAGGAUGCUGCUUCUUGGAGUGCUAUUAUGGCAGCUCAUACUAGUUCUGGCAUGUGGUCUGAAUCCUUACAGCUUUUUGAGGAGAUGGGUCAUGGCAGAUCUUGUAGGCCAGAAGAGAGCUUAUAUGUUAGUAUGCUUUCUGCUUGUAGUCAUUUGGGUGCCCUUGAUUUUGGGAGGUUCUUGCAUGGAGUGUUGCUUAGGAACUUCAGUGAACUCAAUUUAACUGUGAAAACUUCUCUGACUGACAUGUACAUCAACUGUGGAUGUGUAGAAAAAGCUCUGUGCCUCUUUCGAAGAACAACAAAAAAGAACAAAUUUUCCUAUAGUGUAAUGAUCUCAGGACUAGCAAUGCAUGGGCGCAGUAAGGAGGCGCUAGAGCUUUUCUCUGAAAUGCUUUUGGAAGGAUUGCAGCCUGAUGAUGUUAUCUAUGUGAGUGUGUUGACUGCUUGUAGUCGCGAUGGACUUGUUGACGAAGGUCUGCAGUUUUGGAAUAGAAUGAAGUUUGAGCAUGGAAUAGAACCAACAAUUCAGCAUUAUUGCUGCAUUGUAGACCUUGUGGGCAGAGCUGGGAUGCUCGACGAGGCCUUAGAGUUUAUCAGAAGCAUGCCUAUCCAGCCAAAUGAUGUUGUGUGGCGAAGCCUUCUAAGUGCUUGCAAAGCUCACCAUAACUUAAAAAUAGGUGAGAUUGCAACUAAGAGCUUGGUAAGAUUGAAUUCGCGUAAUCCGAGUGACUUGCUGAUUUUAUCUCAUAUGUAUGCAAGAGCUAAAAAAUGGGAAGAUUUGGCUAAGGUUCGAACAGAAUUGGCUUGCAAACACUUACAUCAAACACCUGGGUAUAGUUUAGUUGAGGUGAAGAGGAAAGUUUACAGGUUCGUUUCGCAGGACAAGUCACACCCAGAAAGCGAAGACAUUUACGAGAUGAUUCAUCAGAUGGAAUGGCAACUGAAAUUUGAAGGAUAUUCUGCAGAUACAUCAGAGAUAUUGUUAGAUGUUGAUGAAGAAGAGAAGAAGCAGAGAUUGAAAUCUCAUAGUCAGAAGUUAGCUAUAUCUUUUGCAUUGAUACAUACAGCUGAGGGGGUUCCCAUAAGAAUUGCUAGGAAUUUGAGGAUGUGCAAUGACUGCCACACAUACACCAAGUCAAUUUCCAAGAUUUAUGGAAGAGAAAUUAUUGUAAGAGAGAGGAAUCGUUUCCACCAUUUUAAAGACGGGGCAUGUUCUUGUAGAGACUAUUGGUAAAUUUGUGUUAUUUGAGGGGGGGAAAUUCAAUUCAAUGUGGGUGCUGAGAGUUGAGAUGCAAGUUUUUUAAUUCUUUUUUGGAUGUUUCCUAUAACAUCUCCAUUUGCUUAACUAAUCAUGAUUAAUUAGUUAAUUAUUAG